AUGCUGAGCGCCUUCUUAGUCCCCCUGUUGCUGAGCAGGAUGGAACCAGGCCUGACCGCUGCUCCUACACACACCCAUAGUGCUGGAUACUGCGCCUUCUAUGAGACCUGUGGCAGGAACCCUGAGGUUACAGGAAUUGUGCCUGCCAUUGUGCCUUGUGUCUCCAACACGAAAGCCGUGCAGCUGUCCGGCAACCAUCUCGAACUCCUGAAGUCGAUCUGCCCUAUGCUGUACAAAGGGGACAAUGACACCUUUGCCUGCUGCUCUGCACAACAGCUGCAAUCGUUGAGGAUCAGCCUCGCCAUGUCCCAAGGAAUUCUCUCUCGAUGCCCAUCGUGUGUCGAGAACUUUGUCAACCUCUACUGCCAGAACACCUGCAGCCCAAAUCAAAGCCAAUUCAUCAAUAUCACUCGUUUCUUUAACACCACCAUUGAUGGCCAACCAAAGCAGGGCGUCUUGGAGUACCAAUGCUUCUACAAUCAGGGUUUCGCUGACCGGUCCUUCAACUCUUGUAAGGGUGUCCGUUUGCCAGCUACUGGUGGCUAUGCUAUAGGUGCCAUGUGUGGCAAAUACGGGGCCACUUUGUGCAACACUCAGCGGUGGCUGGAUUUCCAGGGGGACUCAGGCAAUGGCCUGGCUCCUUUAGAGAUCGCGUUCCACUUGAUGCCAAAUCACUCCGUUGUUGGGGGUGGCAUUGUGCCACUCAAUGAGACUACUUGGAAGUGUAGUGAACCUGUCAGAGGGACUGGGGACAGAUGCUCCUGCCCAGACUGCCCUGAUUCUUGUCCCCAGAUCCAAUCUCCUACACCUAAGCCUCCACCCUUUACAGUAGGUAAAAUUAAUGGGAACUUAUUUGUGUUCCUGCUUCUCUCCUGCCUUCUCACGGCGGUUUUUCUGUCCAUUCUGGUGUGGCAAAAUUGUUCCUCAGCUAAGAAAGCAAAAAAUCAGAGCCCCAAGUUGGUGAGGAACAAGUUAACCUGUUCUGAGAAGCUUAGCCAGGUUAUCCACAACUUCCUGACUAGAACUUUCAGUAGAUGGGGAACACUGAUGGCCUCUUACCCUAUCACAGUUAUUGUCAUUUCAACAGUGGUGGUGGUUGCACUCUCCUGCGGAAUGGUAUUUAUCCAACUUACCACAGAUCCUGUAGAGUUGUGGUCCUCCCCUGACAGCCGGGCCCGACAGGAGAAGGACUUCUAUGAUCAGAACUUUGGGCCUUUCUUCCGGACCAACCAGGUAAUCCUGACAGCCAAGGGCCGUGCCAACUACACCUAUGAUUCUCUCAUCCUGGGCAAGAAGAACUUCAACGGGAUUUUGUCCAUGGAUGUGUUGCUGCAGCUGCUGCAGCUGCAGACAAAGCUGCAAAACAUUGAGGUCUGGUCCGAAAAGCAUGGCAGGACUAUUUCUCUUCAAGAUGUCUGCUAUGCACCCUUGAACCCCCAAAAUGCCAGCCUCUCUGAUUGCUGUGUCAACAGCCUGUUGCAGUAUUUCCAGAACAACGACACGCGCCUCAGUAUGACGGCUAACCAGACAAUGAAAGGAGAGACGGGCACGGUGGACUGGAGAGACCACUUCCUCUACUGUAUAAACUCACCACUCUCCUUCCAAGACAUCACAGAACUGAAGCUGAGUUGUAUGGCAGACUAUGGAGCGCCUGUGUUUCCAUUCCUGGCAGUAGGGGGUUACCCAGGAGAGGAAUACUCUGAGGCUCAGGCACUCAUCCUUACCUUUUCCUUGAACAACUACCCCAAAAGCAACCCCCGUUUUGAUAUGGUGAUGUUGUGGGAGAAGCGAUUCCUGGAGAUUGUACAGGAAUUCCAGAAGCAAUAUGUUGACGAGUAUUCUGUUGCCUACAUGGCUGAGCGCUCCCUGGAGGAUGAAAUUAGCCGCACCACCUGGGAAGACCUUAGUAUCUUUGGUAUCAGCUAUCUGGUGAUCUUUGCAUACAUCACGCUGGCUUUGGGCGAGUACUCCAGCUUCAGACGUCUCCUGGUAGACUCCAAGAUUACACUAGGACUCGGUGGAAUCCUGGUGGUGCUGGGAGCUGUGAUAUCCUCUUUGGGAUUUUUCUGUUAUGUGGGAUUGCCCUCUUCCCUCAUAAUUAUCGAGGUUGUUCCCUUCCUGGUCUUAGCAGUUGGUGCUGAUAACAUCUUCAUCUUUGUGUUGGAGUACCAGCGCUAUCCGCGCCAGCCGUUAGAGAGCAGGGAGCAAUACAUUGGACGAGUGCUGGGGAAUGUGGCUCCCAGCAUGCUCCUGUGCAGUCUUUCUGAAGCCAUCUGCUUCUUCCUGGGUGCCUUGUCGGACAUGCCGGCAAUUCGGACUUUUGCCCUCAACUCUGCUGUGGCUCUCCUGUUUGACUUCUUGCUUCAGAUGACCGCAUUUGUGGCCCUGCUGUCCCUGGAUGCCCGCAGGCAGGAGGCGUCCCGUUUUGACAUGUGUUGCUGCGUUCGCCUGGAGAAAGGGCAGGUGAAAAAGCACAAGAGCUUCCUUCGCUCUUUCACAAGGCGGGUCUACGUUCCUGUCUUGUUCAACUGCCUGGUCCGGAUCCUGGUGAUCGUGCUCUUCAUCUUUAUGUUCUGUGCGGGGAUCGUCCUGAUGCUCAAUGUCCAGGUGGGGCUGGAUCAGGAGCUGUCAGUUCCAGAGGACUCAUACAUGUUGAAGUACUUUAAGUACCUGAACCAGUAUUUUAUGGUCGGUCCUCCAACCUACUUUGUCACCACUGGAGGCUACAACUUCUCCUCGUAUGAUGGAAUGAAUGGUGUCUGUUCCAGCACAGGAUGUGAUAAUAACUCCUUGACCCAGAAGAUCCAAUAUGCCACAGAGUUCCCCCAAGAGUCUUUCUUGGCCAUCCCUGCCUCUUCGUGGGUAGAUGACUUCAUAGACUGGCUGAAUCCCAUCUCCAGCUGUUGUCGCAUACAUACAUCUGGAGAACUGGAGGGCCAGUUCUGUCCCUCUACAGACGCGAAUUCAAAAUGCCACAAGUGCAUGAAGAUUACAAUCAACACUCUCCGGCCUGAUGUGGAACAAUUCAACAAAUUCCUGCCCUGGUUUCUCAAUGACAUCCCUAACCUUAAUUGUCCCAAAGGGGGCCGUGGUGCUUAUGACACAUCAGUACGGGUUGGACCAAAUGGAGAAAUCCAGGCUUCCCGGUUCAUGGCCUAUCACACACCCAUCAGAAACUCGCAAGAGAACACAGCGGCACUGAAGGCUGCACGGGAGUUGUCAGACAGCAUCACAGCCAGUAUGCGUGAAGUACCAGGCACGGACCCCAGUUUCCAAGUCUUCCCAUACACGAUCACCUAUGUGUUUUUUGAGCAGUACUUGACCAUCACCGCGGCAGGCUUCAUCAACCUGGCCCUCUGCUUGGCACCCACAUUUCUAGUGUGCUUUAUCCUGUUGGGCUUGGACUUGCGCUCCGGCUUAAUCAACUUGGUCACCAUCAUCAUGAUUGUGGUGGACACCGUGGGAGCCAUGGCAUUGUGGGGGAUCUCCUACAAUGCUGUCUCUCUCAUCAACCUUGUAACGGCCGUCGGUAUUUCGGUGGAGUUUGUAUCCCAUAUCACCCGCACUUUUGCCAUCAGCACCAAGCCCACCAAGCUGGAAAGGGCCAAAGAGGCUACCAUUAAUAUGGGCAGUGCGGUUUUUGCUGGCGUGGCUAUGACCAACCUGCCGGGUAUUGUGGUCCUGGCCUUUGCCAAGGCGCAGCUGAUCCAGCUUUUCUUCUUCCGCCUCAACCUCAUCAUCACCAUUCUUGGCAUGUUGCACGGCCUCGUUUUCCUGCCUGUCGUCCUCAGCUAUUUUGGACCCAAUGCCAGCCAGGCUUGGGUACAGGCACAACAGAAGAGAGUGGGCAGCCUGGCCAUGAGCAAUCCUGCUUUUGAAGGAAAAGAGAGCCAGAAUGGAGUCUCUCCUGGACACUUCCAGCCUCAGGUUACAGGCUCAGCUUCCAAAGAAAAUCAUUAAGAGGAAAAGGGCCUGGACAGCCACUGUACAGGAAGAGUCGGCUCCCAGUGCCUGACAUACUUUUUGGGAAG